AUGGAAAUGGAGGGAAGAGUUUAUUCAGAUUUGUAUAGAAACUCAAGUGAAGAUAUGUUCAUAAGAACAUUAAUGGAAAGCCCAGUUGGAAUGCCAUCACCAACCAUGGAAAUUCUCGGUUUCAAGAAUCUUUCUAAUAACUUCCGUGCAGAUAGUGAGGAACUUUUCAAGAAUUGGCUCACUAAUGGAGAGAAUCAAGGCCACAAUCCAUCAAGUUUAGUCCAUAAUCGUUCUCGACAAUUAUCUAGAAGGUUGCUUGUUGAUCAAGCUACUCAACAAAAUAGGGUUUCAUUUGACAGAAAACCAAGUAAUGAGAAUUUGAUACCACAUAGUUCGUUGGUAAUUGGUGAAUCGUCAAAUGACGUAAAUGCCCAUCCUAUUAGGAAUGUGGGGGCUAGCAAUUUAUACUUGGCUAAGGCAUGGUUUCAUAGUUCUCAACCAAUGACAAGAAGUCGUUCUUCUGAGUUAAGAAAGAGGUAUGUUGCAAUGCAAAACUCUCAAACAGCAAUAGGUAUGGAAGCAAUGCAUAAUGCAUCGGGAAAUCGAGUCAACCAAUUGAAACAACAAUUUGUGAACCAAAGUCAAAUCAAUGAGGCUUCAAUGUAUCAUACAAAUGGCUUCAUGCCUCAAUCACAUUCAUCUUCAUCUAAUAUCAAUGAAUUACAAUUUGGCACCAUUGAUAAGGUAUCUUCCGUUGUAAGCAUGUUAAAGGGUACAUUAGAACAGAAGAAGCUUAGAAGUCAAAAUGAGAAAGAAGCAAUUGAAGAUGACUCUUUAGGAUAUUAUUCAUCUAUGAAUAAUGUAAAUGAGAUUCAAGAUUACGAGGUACAAGGAACAUUCCAAGAUUUAUCAACUAAUGAAAUGAAGGAUUCUGGGUUGUUUCAAAUAGUUCAAGGAGGUAUAGAUGCUGAAAUGGAUAAUUUUGUGGCCCCCACGAAUCAUAUCCAAAUGAGUUUCGCAUCUAGAGAAGCUUCUCAAAGUGAAUCAUCACCUGUAAUUUCAAAUGGUUUUGAUGCAUGUGAUGGUCAAAGCAACUCUGGUCAAACACCAAGUGCUUGUGAAAGCUCUAGGAAGCAAGUUGGAAUUGCAAAAACUUUAGGUACGCGAGAACAAAUGUAUGAUAAUAUUCAAGAAGACCAUAAGCAGAAAAGAAGUUUGAUUCGAUUUGGAUCAGUGACAUCAGCUGCAUCAGUGGACAGCAGGGAUCCUACAAAGAAACGAAGAGUGGAAAGGUCAAGAAAAAUGGCAGAAGCAAAAGGAAGAACUCAAACACCUGUGAUUUCAACAGAUAUGCAAUCUAUUUUGAAGCGAUGUGAAAAUCUUGAGAAGGAAGUGCGUUCACUCAAACUUAAUUUGGCUUUCAUGAAUAGGAAGGAUUCUGAACAAACAAAGCAGAUUGAAGAGCUUCAAAAACAGCAUGAGGAGAUGAAAGAUGAAAAGGAACGUCUUUUAGAAGAGAUUGAAAGAAUAUUGUCUGAACCAGAUAAGAUGUGAUCAUUCAAAUAAUUGAUGAACCAGUGGGUUU